GGAAGAUCAACCAUCCUGCACCCACCUUUGAUACAGAGUAGCAUUAGCCACCAGAACAACAGCAGCAACAGACAUGGAGACAGCUGAUCUGAUAACUCCUCCUACCUGCAUCGCCGAUUUCUCCCUGAUCCCAAUCGGCUCGCAGAACGCAUCAUUCUCCAAGCAGAUCGCCGAAAUUCAAGAGCUGCUACAGAAGUCUGGCCUGAAAUAUCAGAUGACUGCCACUGGAACGGCUGUUGAGGGACCCUGGGACCAAGUCGCCCGAGUCAUUGGAUAUGCCCAUACUUUGAUCCACCAGGAGGGCAUACCAAGAAUUCAGACAGAUAUCCGCAUCACCACCAGGACGGAUAAGGAUCAACCGAUGGAGGGCAGUUUGCUGUCCGUGGAGAAAAUCUUAGCGACUUAAAAAAAAGGGCGAAGGCAGCUGUGAUAGUGGAGUAUCAUCGAAAUUGUGUUAGCAUGCUUUCUUCAGGAAACAAAUGUAUGUAGAGAAACCACACUGGGGAAUAAUGUGAAGGGCACGGGCGUGAAUUAUAUGUAAUGUGA